UAAUAGUCAAGUGUAUUUGCACCACCUGAAAAGCAGACUUUUGCGAUAGUGUUGUAAUAGUGAUUGCUGCAAUGUAGAGUUUGCUGUUUUUACAUCUAGAACUCUAACACAUAUAUGUUAUUUUUAAUGAUCUCAGUCAUAGAUCACUGCACAUUGAUAUCAAUUUCACUGUUGCUUAUGACCAUUUUUUUGUAAAUAGCCUAGGUCAGCAAUAGUUUACAUGUAGGCUUAUGCUGAGCCAGUCAACUGGGUUCCCUAAGGAGUUUUUCACCCUAGGCUUGCACUUUUAAAGUUCACUUCAGUGACAAAUUACUAAAAAGGUAUAUACAAUUAGACUAGGAUUGAUUUGAUUGAUUGAUCUGUGUAGUUAAUACAUCUUUUAAUUAUUGGUCUUUCUGCCUUUCAGUUUUUCAGAGAGUACUUCUCAGUUUAUAACUAGUCGUCAUGCUCUCUACACCCACACAUUUCUGUAGACAGGAAACAGGUUAAUUCUGGCCUCAAAGUGUGAUCUGAGGAGGCUUACUAUACUGUAUGCUAUGUGUUGAUAUGGAACAGCAGCAUUAGGCCGUUUGAGUUUGUAUGAAUGUAAUAGGGUUUUCAUGUAUAUUUGUAAAUUACAUAAAUUCAUCAAUUAUAUUUUGUCAAAAUAAUUUCUCACAAAGUUUCUCUGUAUGUAUCAACUUUGGUGUCUGGUAGGCUAGGUGUCUCUUAUCAAGUGAAUGAUCAGAAAGUCUUCAUGUUUUUAUGAGUUGCGGAUGUGCCACCCCCCACCUUCUGUUUCUUGGUUGUCUUAGAGUGCAUUUGGAAAAUAUUCAGACCCCUUGACUUUUUCCACAUUUUGGUACAUUACCUUAUUCUAAUUCUAAUAUUGAUUAAAUACAUUUUCCCCUCAUCAAUCUACACACAUAUCCCAGAAUGACAAAGCAAAAUAGGUUUUUAAAAACAUUUGCAAAAAAUAAGACUCUUUACUCAGUCAUUUGUUGAAGCACCUUUGGCAGCGAUGACAGCAUCAUGUCUUCUUGGGUGUGACGCUACAAGCUUUGCAACCCUGUAUUUGGGGAGUUUCUCCCAUUCUUCUCUGCAGAUAGUCUCAAGCUCUGUCAGGUUGGAUGGGAGUGUUGAUGCACAGCUAUUUUCAGGUCUUUACAGAGAUGCUCAAUCGAGUUCAAGUCCGGGCUCUGGCUGGGCCACUCAAAGACAUUCAGAAACUUGUCCCGAAGCCACUCCUGCAUUGACUUGGCUGUGUGCUUAGGGUCAUUCUCCUGCUGGAAGGUGAACAUUCACCCCAGUCUGAGGUCCUGAGCGCUCUGGAGCAGAUUUUUGUCAAGGAUCUCUCUGUACUUUGCUCCGUUAAUCUUUCCCUCCAUCCUGACUAGUAUCCCAGUCACUGCCACUGAAAAACAUCCCCACAGCAUGAUGCUACCACCACCAUGCUUCAUCGUUGGGAUGGCGCUAGGUGACGCUUCGCAUUCAGACCAAAGAGUUCAAUCUUGGUUUCACCAGACCAGAGAAUCUUGUUUCCCAUGGUCUGAUAGUCUUUAGGUGCCUUUUGGUAAACUCCAAGCGGGCUGUCAUGUGCCUUUUAUUGAGGAGUGGCUUCCGUCUGGCGACUCUACCAAAAAGUCCUGAUUGGUGGAGUGCUGCAGAGAUGAUUGUCUUUCUGGAAGGUUCUCCCAUCUCAACAGAGGAACUCUGUAGCUCUUUCAGAGUGACCAUUGGGUUCUUGGUCACCUCCCUGACCAAGGCUCUUCUCCCCCUUAUUGCUCAAUUCGGCCGGGUGGUCAGCUCUAGGAAGCUUCUUGGUGGUUCCAAACUUCUUCCAUUUAAGAAUGAUGGAGGCCACUGUGUUCUUAGGGACCGUCAAUGCUGUAGAAAUGUUUUGGUACCCUUCCCCAGAUCUGUGCCUCGACACAAUCCUGUCUCAGUGCUCUACGGACAAUUCCUUCGACCUCAUUGCUUGGUUUUUGCCCUGACAUGCAUUGUCAACUGUGGGACCUUAUAUAGACAGGCAUGUUGAAUUUACCACAGGUUAAUUCCAAUCAAGUUGUAGAAACAUCUCAAGGAUGAUCAAUGGAAACAGGAAACAGGACCUGAGCUCAAUUUUGAGUCUCAAAGCAAAGGGUCUGAAUACUUAUGUAAAUAAUGUUUUAUAUUUUUAAUAAAUAAGCUUUGUCAUUAUGGGCUAUUGUGUGUAGAUUGAGGGGGGGGGGGGGAUUAUGUAAUCAAUUUCAGAAUAAGGCUGUAACAUAACAAAUGUGGAUAAAGUCAAGGGGUCUGAAUACUUUCCGAAAGCCCUCUAAAUCCACUAUGUACAGUACAUGUGGUGUCAAGCCCUGCUACUUUAUCUAGGUGGGAGCCCAUGAUGCUAAAAUGUGACGUUUGACCUCCAAAUUAUUUUGGGAUGAAUAAGGAAACAACCCCAUGGAACCCUCCAGUAGCUGACAGUAUGUCGUCAGCAGUGGAGGCCAGUAUGUACAACAGUAUCCAGGCCAUCCUCAGACAGGCUGCCUCCUCAUGCAACAAAGGUAUGCUGAGGUGGACUCUUCAUAAGAAGGUGAAGACCCAUCCAUCUAACAGUGUCUCACUGGUCAGGGUUCUGGUCAAAGAGCUAGAGAAGGUGGAGAGGCUUGACUAUAAGAUGCAUGUCAUUCCAUUGCUUCACACUCUCAACUACGUUAUUAUUCAGCAGUCUAGCCACAUUCCAUGCAACCUGUUUCAGAGAGUGUAUGAGUGCUUCAAACGGCUCCUAACACUUCCAGAGCCCUACUGUACUAUCGCACUGAGAUACACGAGAGGCAUAAAGAUGGAGCAGAUCACACCAGCUCCCUCCCCGACAAUAACUUCCUCCACAGGAGCUUUGUAUCAGAGAAGGGUGAUUGCUGAGCAGAGCCUAAGGAACAAACAUUUCCCCCAGCAGGAAAAGGUAUUUGUGUUUGCAGACCCGGCUGUGUUCUCAGGGCCCCUGUGGCAGGCGGUGAGGGCAGACCUGGUGCUGGCCAGCCCCCAAAGUGACAUACUGGCAAGACGGGUGUUACUGCACACUCUGCAGGCUGGACUGGUGAAGGCCUGUCAUGGUCCCAUACUGACUCAAGCUCUGGAGGAUCUAGGAGAAGAUGUGGAGCAGUACUUCCAGGAGGUGGUGUUAGCUGUAGAGCAGAGUAUAGAGAACGGCGAGGCAGGCCGUGACCAGUACCUAACCAGGCUACAGCACAUCUACAGGGACAUCCUGACCUCUGCUAACCAAGACCCAAUUGCCGGUGGCUCUCUUUCUAACACUCCAUUGCCCUCGCCAGAGAUUCAAUUCCACCUGUGGACAAACGAAGAGGAGCUGUGGAAUGAGCUGGUAAACUUCACCCUAAACGUUUCCACCUCUGAGCGGAACUCUAUGUACCAGGAGGAGGAAGAGGAGGAUGUUUCUAAGAGGGUUUCCCUCCUGUCUGUUGAUAGUGGAAUAGAGAAGGACCUGUCUGACAUGGGGGAGCGGGAACAGAGGAAUCCAUUCACCCGGUCACGGUCACCGUGUUUCAGAGGGAGAAUGAAGCCAGAAGACAAAAUGGCUCUGGUACAGGAAAACAUCAAGGGGCCCACCUGUAGCACCCCUCUCCCUAAAGAGGAGGGGAACCAUACCGCACGCAUAGUGAUGAUGGGAGACGACAGGGUGCUGGGGAGACUGGCCAAGGUGUAUCACUCCAUCCGAAAACGGGAGGCAAGACAUCUCAUCUUGACCAAAAGAGUGAACCUACAGAUAUACUACAUCCCUGUCACUGAUGAGCCUAUUGUCAAUUCACAUGAAAGCACAUCACAAGUUGGAGACAGGUUGUCUCUAGCCUCGUUCUUAGGAAGGGUCGAUCCCUGGUACGAAAGCAACAUCAUCAGUUUGGGAGCCAUGAUUCCAAAGCUGGCAGGAACGCAGUCCAGUCGCAGCAGGUCAUCAGAACCUAACCACUUCCUUGUGGAUGUCCUCUCCUACUACCUUCGCUGUGGCCUACAGCCUGUCCACUUCACACUCUACUCUGUCAAGAUCUCUGUCUCUGGCCAGACUGGCAGCCCUGUGGACGAUGUGUUUGUGUCCCACCUGGACGCUGAGUUCCCGGAGUCUAAAACACUCAGAGAAAAUCUGAGACAAGAGAGAUCUAGUAGGCGACGAACAAGGAAGACACUUGGAACCUGUGGAGUGGUGGUUUCUGUGAAUUACACUAAGGUCUCCUUGAGCAAACAAGAGGUUGUCCAGGGAAUGUCAGUCAUGACAUGUGGAGUGGUCAUCAGUGCAAUAUCACCUAAUGAAACAGAAGGUCUUGAUUUCCUCACUGUCAAUUUUAACGGUACAAAUCCAAGAUGCUGCACGGAGAUCAGAACCCAAAACAUUAAAAUCACAAUCCUGGAGGAUAAGACCUUCACUGUCUGUCUGGACAAAGACUGUCGCAGGAAAUACACACAUGUGCAAAGCAUUGAGAUCUCUCCAUGUUUGGAUCCGGGGUAUUGCCUCCAGACAAGUUCCAAGUCCAAGUUCAAUGUGGGAGAGGAGAGGGAGUCGGGGCUGAGCAAAUACAUGUGCAAGAUCCUGCCUCUGCCAAUCAAUACCUUCACUGGCAUCAACCACUGAAGGGAUUUGAUUAUUUGGCCCGGGCUCCAUCCCAGGCGUGAGCCAGGUGCCCCGCUCUGGCCAACGGCGAAGUAAGCUAAAAACAAAAGUGACAUUGGUUAUGCACAUGGAGUAAUGAGUAAGAUUCUGUGUUUUCACAUGCAAAAGGGAUUUAUUUUGAAGAAAAAAGUGUUUUAUCUGCCUUCCCAAUGAAAUCUAGUUUUAAAAUCCUAACAUGUUUUAUGAAAAAGAUGUAUAAGAAAAAAAACAUACAAGAGAUGUUGUAUGUAUUUUUAUUUGAUUAUGAUCCCCAUUAGCUGUUGCAAAAGCAGCAGCUGCUUUUCCUGGGUUCCACACAAAACAUGAAACAUGACAUAAUACAGAACAUUAAUAGACAAGAACAGCUCAAGCACAGAACCACAUCAAAUUAUUUAUUUUUUAACGCACACGUAGCCUACAUAUCAAUACAUACACGCAAACUAUCUAGGCCAAAUAGGGGAGAGGUGUUGUGCCAUGAGGGGUUGCUUUAUCUGUUUUCUUAAACCAGGUUUGCUGUUCAUUUGAGCAAUAUAAGAUAAGGGCUCUAUAUAAUACUUUACGCUUUCUUAAAUUUGUUUUGGAUUUGGGGACUGUGAAAAGACCCCUGGUGGCAUGUCUGGUGGGGUACGUGUGUGUGUAAGUUGACUAUGCAUACAAUUUGGGAUUUUCAACACGUUAAUGUUUCUUAUAAACAGAAGAAGUGAUGCAGUCGGUCUCUUUUAUAUCAGCCCUGUGAGUCACGCCUGCUCCCGCUCUUCCUCCCUGGUGCUCGAGGGCGCCAGGCUUCCCAGCAUUGAGCACUCCUGCCAUCAUCAUUACACACACCUACCUACACGCAUCAGCGAUUAUUGGACUCACCUGGACUCAAUCACCUCUGUCAUUACCUUCCCUAUAUCUAUCUGGUUCCCCGCUCUGUUCCCUGCUUCUGCAUUCAUUUUAGUUUGUCUUUGUUUGCCUGUUCCUGUUCUGUUACCUGUCUGUUCCUGUUUAAAUGUUUGACUCCCCGUACCUGCUUCUCCAGCAUCGGUCAUUACACUCUGACUACAAUGAAGAGGAAGACAUGUCGCUCUGUUCUGGCAUAUGUUUUGACCAUGACAGUUUACAACCAAAGUAACUCCAAGUAGUUUAGUCUCCUCAACGUGUUCAAAAGCCACGCCAUUCAUUACCAGAUUCAGCUGAGGUUUAGAACUUAGGGAAUGAUAUGUACCAAAUACAAUGCUCUUAGUUUUAGAGAUGAUCAGGACCAGUUUAUUACUGGCCACUCAAGACUUCAACUCUUUGUUUAGGGUUUCAGUGACUUCAUUAGCUGUGGUUGCUGAUGUGUAUAUGUUGAAUCAACUUUGUUUAAUGUCAGUGGCAGGUUAAUGGUAAAAAUAGUAAAGAGUGGAGGGCCUAGAGAGCUGCCCUGCGGUACAACACACUUUACAUAUUUGACAUUAGAGAAGCUUCCAUUAAAGAAACCCCUUUUAGUUCUAUUAGAUAGAUAGCUCUGAAUCCACAAUAUGGCAGAGGUUGAAAAGCCAUAACACAUAUUUUUUCAACAACAGGUUAUGGUCAAUUAUAUCAAAGGAUGCACUGAAAUCUAACAGUACAGCUCCCACAAUCUUCUUAUUAUCAUUUUCUUUCAACCAAUCAUCAGUCAUUUGUGUCAGUACAUGUUGAGUGCCCUUCUCUUUAAGCAUGCUGAAAGUCUGUUGUCGAUUUGUUUACAGAGAAAUAGCAUUGUAUUUGGUCAAACACAUAUUUUCCCCAACAGUUUGCUAAGAGCUGACAGCAAGUUUAAAGUCUGCUGUUAGAACCAGUAAAGGCCGCUUUACCACUCUAUGGUAGCGGAAUUACCUUGGCUUCCCUCCAAGCUUGAGGACAAAGACUUUCCUCUAUGUUCAGAUUAAACAUAUGAAAGAUUGGAGACGCUAUAGAGUCUGCUACCAUCCUCAGUAGCUUUCAAUCUAAGUUGUCAUUGACAGGAGGUUUGUCAUUACUGAUCGAUAACAAUCAUUUUCCCACCUCUCCCACACUAACUUUACAAAAUUCAAACUUCCAAUGCUUUUCUUUCAUUAUUUUUUAUGCAUGAAUAUGAUGGCUCACUGUUCAUUGUUGACAUUUCCUGCCUAAGUUUGCCCACUUUGCCAAUGAAGUGAUCAUUAAAAUAAUUGCCAACA